GCAGUGGCAGAGGAGCCAUCAACAUCACCAUCACCGUAGACAGCAGAAACGUUGACGCCAGCGCCAGACGAGAGCCAAGGUUCCUGCCACCCAGUUAGCCCACUCGAUUGGAUAAUCGCCGAGGAUCGGAAAACGUGAAAGCAGCCCUCGAAUAGCCCAAGUCCACAAUCCCAGCCAGCCAGCAUGUCCUAGUGAAGUCCUAGACGUGGGAAGAGUGCAGAGAAGAGAAGAGAAUACGAUAGCAGAGCAGGAGCUGCACGAUGGCCUCCGGCGAUGGCGACACCAUCAACACCAUCGACAUGGACAGCUCCUCGGCGUCUCAGGCCAAACUGGCCGAGCCCAGCAAUGCCUCCACCGACCAUGUGGGAAACUCAUCGCCCGACCUGGGCAACCGACCGAACCGAGCGUCCAGCAAGGCGGACAAGGAGCGCAAGAUUGGCCACAGACGCGUCGGCGAGGGCGGCGAGAUUACGUACAAAAAGAUCCAGACGUCGCAGAUCAUGGGCUCCAUCCAACUGGGAAUCCAGCACACUGUCGGCAGUCUGGCCUCGAAGCCCAAGCGUGAUCUACUUAUGAUGGACUUCUGGGAAAUCGAGAGCAUCACCUUUCCACCAGAGGGUUCUAGCCUUACACCUGCCCACCAUUACAGCGAGUUCAGAUACAAGAUCUAUGCGCCCAUAGCGUUUCGCUACUUUCGGGAUCUGUUUGGCAUCCAACCAGAUGAUUUUAUGAUGUCCAUGUGCACGUCCCCGCUGCGGGAACUGUCCAAUCCUGGUGCUUCCGGCUCUAUAUUCUACCUGACGACCGACGACGAGUUCAUCAUAAAGACGGUGCAACACAAGGAGGGUGAAUUCUUACAGAAACUACUGCCUGGUUACUAUAUGAAUCUAAAUCAAAAUCCGCGCACGCUAUUGCCAAAGUUCUUCGGAUUGUACUGCCUGCAGACGAGCAAUGCCAAAAAUAUUCGCCUGGUGGUCAUGAACAAUCUGCUGCCCUCGUCCGUAAAGAUGCACCUCAAGUACGACCUCAAGGGCUCCACGUUCAAGCGCAAGGCCAACAAGGCGGAGCGUGCCAAGAAGUCGCCCACGUACAAGGACCUCGACUUCAUGGAGCAGCAUCCCAACGGCAUAUUCCUGGAGGCCGAGACCUACGCCGCGCUGAUCAAGACCAUUCAGCGCGACUGCACGGUGCUGGAGUCCUUCAAAAUCAUGGACUACUCGCUGCUCCUCGGCGUCCACAAUCUGGACGUGGCGCUAAAGGAGAAGCAGAGUGAGCAGAGAAAACCGCUUAGGGCUCCGCUGGCCGAGGACUCCGAUGUGGAUGCAGACGAUCCGCUGGACGGCGAUGCGGCCACAGGCAUCAGCAGGAAUAAGUCAGUGAAUCGCCAGCGGCUGGUUGCCCACUCCACGGCCAUGGAGAGCAUUCAGGCGGAGAGUGAACCCAUCGACGACGAGGAGGAUGUGCCACCUGGUGGCAUUCCAGCAAGGAGUGAGAAGGGCGAGCGCCUGCUGCUCUACAUCGGCAUUAUCGACAUCCUGCAAUCCUACAGGCUGAAGAAGAAGCUGGAGCACACAUUCAAAAGCAUCAUACACGAUGGGGAAACCGUAUCGGUCUGCCGGCCCUCGUUCUAUGCUCAAAGAUUCCAAAACUUUAUGGCCAAGACCGUGUUCCGCAAGAUACCCUCCCUGGAUCUCCCAGAGAUCAAGGGGAAUCACAGAAAAUUUCGUACCUUGGUGACCAGCUAUAUAGCGCUUAAGCAUUCGCCUUCGAAGAGAAAAAGCCUUUCCAAGGCUAUUCAGCGCUCCAUUGACAGCGACAACGAGGUGGCCUCCAGGCCGGUUCACGCCUCGCACUCGCACAGCAGUGGCAAGAUUCACCAGCCAGCCAAGCCGCCCACCACCGAGCCCACGCCAGCGGGAGCGGCAGGUGGAGCCGAAAGAGGAGCAACUGCCCUAGGUCCAGCAACCACCAGUGGCGCCAGUGAACGGGCACCACCGCCCGUCAAGCAGCGUACGCCGGCGGCCAGUAAUCUGAAGACGCGAGUGCCACCGCCAGUACCGCCACGCGGCUCGCCACGGCGCAAGGAUGCCCAGGAUCGGACGACUCCAGGUACAGAACCGCACACCACUAAUCCCAACCCGGCACCAGCACAUACCCACACCCUUCAGGUGCCAGCGAACGAGGGCAUUCCGCGAUUCGGGGAUCGCCGUUCGCCUAGCAAUGUCCAGGAUUGGUUGGAGCUGCAUGAUCUCUUCGAUGGUCCGGACAGUGGUCCAUAUGGUCCAUAUGCACCGCCUGCUCCUCUGGCAGACCCAACGGUUACUCUACUGAGAAGUUCUUCGCUGCGGCGCCGGGAUUCCCUGCACUCCGCCUACUCCACGGCUCGAUCAGAAAGUAGCUUCCGGCGCCAGCAGCCAAGACUCCUCAACCACGUGGACAUCUUUCAGCGCAAGAACAGCUUUGUGGCGCGCAGUGAUCGGUCAUCGGUGGGCUCCAUAGUUCGGAGCUUUCCGCCGAUCAGAGCGGAAAGCUAUCGUACGGGACGUUCCCGAUCCUCGGGCAGUAUUCACAGCCAGCAUUCUCCUAGGCGAGGGAUUCAAGAGAAGCUGCAGCGACAUCAGAGGCGGAAGCGUUACUUUCACUACGUGGAUUUGGCGCUCGGUGGCGAGGAUUGCGAGAACCAGCCGGAGGAGGAUAAUCUCCUGCAGUCGGUCAGUGCUUUUUUGGAGGUCAAACGAGAACUGGAGGCGACACAGCGUCCUAGAAGACCUCUACCCAAGCUUACGCUUCCCGACCCGGUCGUAGAGCCUGCGAGGAGUCCUCCUGGACAGCAGAUCAGACGGGGCAAGAGACGAGCGCCCAAGGCAGCGCCCUCCACGAUACCCGAGAGCGACGGCACUCAGGGAUCGACUGGACGCGGACAGGGACGGGAUUAGCUACUCGCUUGCACCUCGCUUACCCAGCCACACUACACCAUUACCCAGCUACCUUUUAUUACUACUGUCUACUUCUGCCACUCAUUCCGUUGUAUAUUUUGCUCUGCUCAUUGUAUUGCUAGGCACAACGCCCUCAUGCAGCUCGACUCCUCCCCCCGCCUUUGACGACAUCUCCGAGGACAGCUCGAACAAGAACAGCAGCUCGUCGAUAGGUCGCCGGUCUCAUCAUCAUCACCACCAUCACCAGCAGUCGCAGCAGCAUCAGCAGUCCUACUAUCUGGAUCGCAAGAUGAACAUUGGACCCGCCUAUCGAGGCUCCUACAAGGAGGACAUUGUGAGCGUUUCGGAAGUCCAUCUGGAUACAUUACUGGCGGUGGACACGUCGUCGAGCAGCCAGUACGGAUCCCGCGGCGGAUUGGCCUGGACCCCGCCCGCUUCAGGUGAGGGCUCCACUCCCACAUGGACAGAGGGCACACCAAGUUUUACGGACUCCAGUUCGAGUGGUGAUCUCGAUCAACUAACAUAGCAUGUGGUGACGGAACACAAGACACACCAACCCAGAUAUAUCACGAUGUGGACUGAGAAAGAGUCCGAGCGAAAUAUGCCUCAUACUCUUACAUACUGAUUAUGCUUGCGUGUUCAGGCGCUCUUGUAUAGCUAGGAUAUAAUCAAAAGGCGCCCCACGUAGAACAGAUUCCCCCAUGUCAUGCCCACGACCACGACCACAGCCACACCCACACCUGCCCAUCCCUUCCAGCGGACACUGGGUGAAAAAUAACCAACAAGAGACAUAACUCAAUCAAGCAAAAGAUAUUAUAUACAAGCCCAAAGCAUACUCCUUAUACACAGAACUACAGAAGCAUAUAGCAUAUAACUGGCAAAUCAAAUACGAGUAAGGUGCUCAGGAUGGCAUCCCGUUGGUGAUCAGAGAUCCGUGAUCAGUGAUUCGUAGUCCCGGUCCCCUAUACGUUUAGUGUACGGUGUAAAGAGUUCGUUAUGCGUUCGAUCAGAUAAUAUGAAAAUAUACAAUACACUGAAAUUAUAUAAAUAAACGUUUUUGCGAUACUUUCGAUCUCCGAUAUAUCCACAUAAGUACGUAUUAUGUAUACCUAUGUAUAAUCAGCAAUCGCGAUAUUACAAUAUUAUUGUAAAAUAUUUCAAUUUACAAGCCAGACAAACCAAAAGCAAAAUUAUAUACAUAUUAUUCAUCUGUAUUUAUUAACGAUAAUUGUAACGCGCUUAGGUUUACUCAACACAAUAAACAGAACAGAACCGGACCGGACCGGACUUAAAAAGGAUAUUACAAUAGGUGCACCAACAGACGGACUCGGACUGCAGACAACAUUUGACUCAAAACAUGAUGAAAGAAUUGAUUAUUUAUUAAUUAGUUGAAUGUUAUUUAACUUAUAUGCAUUAUUCUAAAGAUUACUGAAAUCCAAAUGUAAUUACAAUAAAUUAAAUUGCAAGGUUG